AGGGUGGGGCAAGAGGAGCCCAGCAACCAGUUGGGCAGGUGGUGGUAGCUGGUGCUGGUAGCUGGUUGAUAUGGCGGAGACACAGGUGCAGCAGAUGGGUGUAGGGGAUCCCACAGGUGCCAUACAACAGUGUAUAUUGAGCCUACACAACAUUGGAGUGGUCAAGUUUGGCAGGUUCACCCUCAAGAGUGGCAUGCAGUCACCUGUGUACUUCGACCUGCGCCUCAUUGUCUCCUACCCUAAACUCAUGGAAACUGUUUCUGAGCUGAUGUGGGCUGCUCGACCAGGAACUGACUAUGAUCUAGUAUGUGGGGUCGCUUACACUGGCUUGCCCAUAGCCACUGUCAUCUCUACCAAGCAGAAUGUUCCAAUGCUGAUUCGACGUAAAGAGACAAAGGGUUAUGGCACCAAGAAACUGGUGGAAGGAAGCUACCAAGGAAACCAAAAGUGUCUCAUGAUAGAGGACGUUAUUGUGUCUGGCAGCUCCGUCUAUGAAAGUGUAGAGACUCUUCGAGACUUAAAGUUGGACGUAAAAGAUGCAGUGGUCUUCUUGGACCGGGAGCAGGGUGGUACAGCGAACCUCAAAGCAAUGGACAUCAAUAUUGUUUCAGUGGUAACAAUGACUGAGAUGAUGUCAAUUCUUCUCAAGCAUGGCUGCAUUGAUCAAGUAACACAUGAUUCUGUCUUGGAAUUUGUCAGUUCUCACAGAGACACAUCCAUUGUCACCAAAGAGAAGACUUCUUGUAAAAAUGGGAUACAAGUGAUGGACCCAAAAACUGUUCAAAUGAAUCAUCACGCAUUACUACACAAAUCAUCCUCUGAGCUCGUAAGCUAUUGCAGCAAGAUGGCAGAGAACCACACAUACUUUGUUGUGGGUUUUGUGUCACAGAGCAGCAAAAGUGGUGACCCACGAUUCAUCCUCUUUACACCAGGCGUGCGGCUGGGUAAAACUGGGGAUGGACUAGGACAGCAGUAUGUGACUCCUAGAUCAGCCAUCCUUGAACGAGGUGCUGACAUCAUUAUUGUUGGACGGGGGAUCACACAGGCCAGUGAUCCAGUUGCAGCAGCUAAAGAAUAUCAAGAGGAAGCAUUUGAUGCUUAUCAGGAACGUAUAAAACACUCUACCCAUUAGCACAUCACUAGGUACAAAACAAAAUUAAAAGUAUUAAGUAUUUGAAGGGUCUAACCAUUUUUCAGAAAUGAAGGCAUUUACAGAUUGUAAAAAAAUUCAGUGAACUAUGAUGUAUUAAUGUGUGUAAAAAGUCACAAAAUACUCAAAUGCAGGUAUAGUUAUUCUUCUCAAUUUGUUAGGUAAGGUUAGACAUGAAUAGAUUCCUGUACAUAAUUUUUAAUAAAAUAUACUCUCUUUCUGCCAGUUGACAACUAAAUAAUUAGUAGCAUAUACAAGAGAGCCAGUUAAGUAUUCUUAAAGGAAAGACUUGGGAAAGUAAACAAUGUUAACUUUUUUAAUGAUACAAUCAUUACAGCUCAUGUUAAAAUAUUUGAUGUUUGCCUGUGACACUUAGUAUAGUAUAGACACAUCAGGUAAUUUUUUGUGUAAUUUUUUAUUUACUUGCAUUCUUAUAGCAGCUAACACUUUAGGUAGUGGUAAUAUUACUGUUGUGAUGCAGAUCUCCUGUUUGAGUGACAGGAAGGUUUCUGCAUCACUGUAUAUUUUAUAUUUGUAAUAGGUUGUCUCCUGUUGGUCCAUAAUGCUACUAAUAUUCAUUGUACUGUUUUAUAAUUGCUUUCAAUUAAUAUUUUCUCUCCAAGCAGAUUGA